CUAAAAACUCAGCUUGAAUGACUGACAAGUGCAUCGCACUGAUAAGGGGAAUGAUAACACUGUAAUCAGGACGAGCGCCAUGAAGUUGAGUCAGAUGCCAUCGAUUUGACAGAUCUAGAUAACAAGUAGGCUAGCAGCAAUUCAUUCUGCGAUUUAGCGAAAGUAUGUGGCAAGUGCUCGCAGCCGGUUGACAUGAGAUUCACAAUAUUUUGUGCAUACUGUGGCUGUGGGAAAAGUGAGUGAUGUGACACGUUAUUUCAGUGGAAUAUAUUUAAAGAGGUCAAAGCACAGCAAUGAAAAAUGUCGUACAAAGUUCAACUAGAAAAACAAGUGUAUAUAGCUGGCCAAACUAUCAGCGGAAAAAUCGUGUGCAACUUCGCAAAAAACAAAACUGUUAACAGUAUAAAAAUAAGAGUGAUAGGGGAGGAACGUGUGAAAUGGCAAGAAGAAAUACAAAUUGGAAUGGCAAAUGUUGAAAGCUACCCAGUUACAUCCAAUGUGUUCCUCAAAAAAGACACGGUACUAUAUACAGGAGGUACACAAUUCCAAAAAAUGGCAUCAAGUGAGUGCCAGUUUGGCAUAAAGCUUCCAGAAGUGUUACCAUCAACAUACAAAAACGAAUUUGGAUCUAUUCGCUAUUUUUUGUUAGGCAUUGCUAGUGAAGAUCAGAGACACUACAAAACUAAAGUCAAGUUUACGCUCAUAAAUAUUAUUGAUCUAAACACACUUUCCCAGGAGUUCUUUGAACCAAUAUCAAGUUACUCGGAAAGAAAGCUAAGUUUUUUCUGCUUCAGUGGUGGUAUCCUAUCGCUAGAAAUAUUUCUGCACAAAAAAGCAUUUACAACAGGUGAGGUUGCUACCGUAAAGGUGAAGUUAAAGAAUACAUCAAAUGUCCGAUCUAAAAGUGUCAAGUUGGAAUUAGUAGAGAGAAUUACUGCACGUAUACCAGAAACUGUACCUAGAUCAAAAAUCCAUCGGAAAGUUUUGUCGAGGGCUGGAUGUCUGAUAAACUUCCCAAGAGGUGAAAAUGUUUUCAAUUUGCCCUUGCUAAUACCAGAAAAUUUCACAAUAUUGAAGUUUGAUGGGAGCUCCAUAUGGAACGUUGAAUAUUACGUCGUGGCUACUUGUGUACUGUCUUCAUGGCACACAGACCUGGUUGUGACCUCUGACGUAAUCAUCGGUCAUAUAGAGGCAUAUAGGAGGCAUCAGAAUCCACCAAGCCUAAGUACACGUGAAUCUGCACCCCCGCCGUAUUCGACUUUGCCAAGAAACCAACAACAUAAGAUAGAGGUAGCUGAAUCUAAUGUAUAAAAACACAAUUUACUGAUACCAGUGAUAUCGACAUUAGAUUGUACUGAUUUGAUUGCCCUCUUAUUUUAUUUUUACUAUAAUUUUUUAUUUGAUAUUUUAAGUGAGUUGUAAUUAAUUUUAUCUGAUGAUCGUAAUUUCACAGGUUAUAUAAAACCGCAUUUUUUAAUUAUCAUUUUUUUGAAAAUUGCAUUAUUUCAAUUCCUUUCAAUCCAAGGUAAACCACGAAUAAAUAUCUCGGUAUUUUUGUUUGUUAAGCAUUUUUUAAACGAACAUCGCAAAAGGCAAAUUAUGCUGUAAAGCUGACAUAGGCACAAUCGUACGUAUUGCUCUCACAGUCUUAAAUAUACAUGCAAAAAGUAGUUAUGUGCUAUUCAUAUCACAAUACGUUAAAAUCAAUAACACAUUAAAAUCAUAAUGGCCGUGACACAUAUUCAUCGGUUGUGUAAAAUUAAUGCUCAAGCAGAAAUUCGCACACCUUGCGUUUGAACACUGAGGUGCUCUCGCUAGAUUUUAAGGAUGAUGGUAAAUGGUUGAACAAUCUUAUCGGUAUUAUCGAAGCACCCUUGGACACCGAAGCAAGCUUAUGACAAUACUGCAAUUUGCGCGGAGAUUAUAGCCGGAUGUGCUAAUGAUAUCAUUCCUAGUAUGAUACUGAUUAUGAUUAUUCCUGACACAGAUUAAAGACUUAUAAAUAUACAAGGAGUACACUGCCAGUAUGCUCAACUUUUUGAAUAGAUCUCUACAAGGAUAUGUUGAAUUUUUGUAGAGCAUGAUCCUAAUAACUCUUUAUUGGAUGAUAAACAGUUCACUCAUUCUAUGAAACAUGUCAAAGUCAUAUAACUUUAAUAGUUGUAUACUGAUAUGCUGCCAGAGCUGCCAUAUGACAAACGAAUGAACUGAUGUUUUUUUGGCGAG